AUGUUUCUCACAGCUUGGACGCGCGCCAGUGCAUUGCACUUCCAGGCGUUCCUGGUUGAUGGACUGGUGAGGUGGAAUGAGGACCGCGCAGCAGCAGCUGCACCCCCGGUUGCAGCUGAGGAAAGGGUGGGACCUCUGCACUCCUACAGUGGCCACCUCAAGCACGUCCUUAACCUGAAGAGCCAACGGGUGCUUGGCCUUCCUAUGGUUAAGGACUACACCAAGCCUGCUGAGUACACAGGGAAGCUCAUAGGAGUUGAGUACCUGUACCAGCAGACUGGCAGAGUGCUUGAGGUUGUCAGCUUGGACCCUGACACUCCGGACGAGGCUGCUGCUAUCGAGUCCCUCGGGGAGGACGAGGAUGAGGGUAUCGGGGAGGAGGUUGAGGACCCAACUCUCUUCGAGCCCGAUGCCCUCUCCGGCAACACAGUGGCAGCAGCUCGGUCAGGGGAUCCAGCUGACGCACCCCCGUCUGAGCCAUCCGGUACCGCCGCCCCUCACCACCAUGCCUCUUCCAAGGCCCCAGAAGGUCCUGCUUCCAAACAGUCCUCCUCAGAGUCUGAGGAGGAGAUGCAGGGUCCUGAUGGCCAGCCAGGAUACCAGCAUGUCCUGAGGCUGGCCCAGGCCCUGCUGGAAGCACGGAGCCUUCUGGGGCUGUCAGACCGGAGGGUAGACAGGCUCAUUGUGCUCUGGUAUCAAUUGCCAGAGCACGACAAGAGGAGAGUGGUCUACCCUCCCAGAUACCGGGAGAGGCAGCCUAAGGGGCGGUUUAAGGCUGCGAAGGGGACAAACACCUCCUGUCCUGGAAAGGAGAGUCUCCAACGCAGCCUUCUCGGACCGAACUCGGGCCCUGCAAACUGGCCCAGUGCCAGUCGCCUGGUAGAGGCCAUUUGCAGCCAGCUCUGCCAGCUCCACCCCAAAGGCACGCGGUCCGGGGGAUCCGUCGGGACAGGUGGGCCCUGGUCCUCUCGGACUACGUGGCCAUCAGAGCGGCAGUGCUGGCCAGCCUGAGGCUGAUGGCUCAGACGGACAUCCAGCUCUUUGAGCUAAACCAGAGGACCCUCUCCCAGUGGUUCUCUCGGCGCCAGAAAGAGGAGGAGAAGGCUGUGCUGCUGCAGGCAAGUGGCGUCAUGCCUGUGGCAGCACUGGCUGGAGAGCCCCUCCCUC